AUGACGCGUCGCGGGAAAUUCGUAGUGAACAAAAUGGGCAAUGCGACCAUCCACUUCAGUAGGGGCACCGCACAAUCACUCUCAACUCCACAGCAACACUGCCAAAAUAUCAGUAGCCCUCAUCAGCCAACAGGCUGUAGACGCGUAGCCUCACCACCCACACUGACGUUUACGCAAAGGCUCGAAUUCGUAUUGACGCUUAUUAAUCGAUUGCUGAUCGGCUUCAUAACGAUUUAUUUGUGUUGGAUGAGUUUACGUCUAGAUCGCAAAGAUAUCCCAUGGCAUGCGGUGCUUUGUACACUGGGGUUCCUCUGCUUGAUGUCCGAAGGUCUAAUGGCCUACUAUCGAGGUAAUGUUUGGACCCAGGUGUGCCAGCGUCAGGAGAAAGCGCGGCUGCAUUGGGUGCUACAGCUUUGCGGCUCCAUAAUCGGUCUGAUCGGUAUUGUUAUAAAAAUGUGUUUGGAGGAGGUGCAUUUUCACACUCGACAUGGCAUACUAGGACUUGCCACCAUGAUAGUCUUGUUCAUCAGUCUCUUAAGCGGCCUAGGCUCACUUUAUGCCACGGAGCUGAAAAGCCGUCUACAACCACGUGUCAAUAAGGCUCUACACAAUAUUAUUGGCCUGAUGACCUUCACACUAGCCAUGCUGAGUAUGUAUUACUCUUUUGAGACGAAGCUUUUUAACGAUUACUCGUUAGAUGCAGCUGCUUACAUGGAUUUUCGGCACCUUUUGGAAAUUACAACAAUUAUUAUAUUUGUGUUGAGCACAUACGGGCCAUUGUGGUGUUUGUUUCAUAGUCGAUUGUGA